UCCUCCUUCUCCGAUCUCGCUCUCCGUUCUCCACACCAAACCCUAACCCUAACCCUAGAGCUCUGGAAUCACUGGAUCUGGCGAUGGCUGUGGGAAGCCGACCGCUGAAGAGGGCGAAGCGGCGGGUCACGGCGGGGCUGCAUGAUUUCCUUGCCGGGGAGGCGAUGGAGGGGCCGUUCCGGGAGUGCGUGCGUGCCUUCCUCUCCCGGCACGGGCUUCCAUCCCCGUCGGCGCCGGCCGCGCAACACCUCUCUGUCUGGCGAGUCGCGUCCCGAGUCGGUGACUCGGUGGAGCUUGGUGUAGUCGAGGAGGACGUCGCCAGAUCUCGAUCUGUGUACUGCGAUCAGUGCCGAGUUGUUGGAUGGAGUAGUCACCCAGUUUGUGGGAAGCGUUACCAUUUCAUUAUCCGAAAUGACAGCGGAAAUCCUGCCUUCAAUUCUCAGCACACUUGCAUUCGUUGUGGAUCCUUGAUUUCCUCAUCCUGUUGGAGAUGUUCUUCAUGCCACUAUGAGAUGACAUCUGAUGAUCUAGAAGACCAAGCAUAUUUUCAGUUGGAAAACACAACCCAUUUGUUGCAUGGUGUUGUACAUGCCAAUGGUUUUGGUCAUCUUCUCAGAGUUAAUGGUCGUGAGGGUGGUUCGAAAUUUCUAAAAGGAUCAGAUAUCAUGAGCUUCUGGGAUAGUCUCUGUAAGGUGCUCCGUGUCAGAAAGGUGACUGUAAUUGACGUCUCAAAGAAACACGGGUUGGAUUACCGUCUCCUUCAUGCAGUUACUGCUGGCCGCCCAUGGUACGGUGACUGGGGGUACCAAUUCGGUGCCGGGAGCUAUGCUCUUGAUGCCAAUGCCUAUCAAAGGGCUGUGGACACCAUCUCUAAUGUCCCCUUGUCUUGUUUAUAUUCGCAUACCCGAUCACCACGCACCCAAUUGCAGGACAUUAUCUCAUUUUAUCAGUCCCUUUCCGACUGUGAUCUGGUUACUGUGAGGGACCUUUUUUGCUGUUUGACAGGUUUGAUAAAUGAUGUCCAAUCAGAUAUUUGUGGAUCUCAUAAGAACAAGAAGACCACAGAAGCCGGUGGUGGGGUUCUUUCUGCAUGGACAAGAGAUGACAUUACACAUGCAGAGGAAGCAAUGAUCAAGGUUCUUCAAGCAGUCAACGGAUCUAAGUGGGUAACCUGGCGUGCUCUCAAGGGAUCAACCUUCCGUAGUUUAGGUUCACCGGAGCUUCUUGACUACUGCCUCAAGGGUUUAGCGGGCAAAUUUACAGAGGAUGGUAGAUUUGUGGCAAUGCAAUGCAAUGCUGAGGCAAACACAAUAGAGUUUCGGCUUGAAUCCAAUUCGGAACAUGCAUCAUCAACUCAAAGUUCAAGCAAGCCUUCUCGAGAUCACCUUCUCUGUGAUCUCAGAUAUCUUUAUGAUGCACUCCUGAACCCUGUUACAUCACAGGCCUACAAGCCGCCUAUAACAAAAGAGACAGUUCUUGGUGCAGCAAAGAAGCUGUUGGACUGCAAGCAAUUCAUCAAACACUAUGACCAGGAGGCUGAAAAUCAUAUACCUUCUAAUCCAUUUGCGUUUCAAGUAUGGUGUCAUGUAGAGUUAGUAGACCAGCAGAAAGACUACACUGCACCCCCACCAGAGCUUUUGAUUCUGCCAUCGGCAGCCACUGUUUGGGACCUCAAGAUCCAAGCAACAAGAGCUUUCCAAGAGACUUAUCUUAUGUUUCAGAGAUUCCAAGCUGAAAACCUUUUAGGCCAUGGUUAUGUCAGAGACAUGUCUGUCAAAGACACCAUCCAAGUGCAAGCACUUGACCGGAGUAAACAUGUCUGUUUGCAUAAGAGGACGGUGCUUACUAGGAGAGGGGAGGACUCUUGAGCACUUUCGAAUGGAGAGGGGGAUUGAAAUGUGGACAGUUGAUUGCAGUUGUGGUGCCAAAGAUGAUGAUGGUGAGAGGAUGAUGGCUUGUGAUGUGUGUGGGGUAUGGCAGCAUACUAGAUGUGCUGGUAUUGAUGAUCAU